AUCCAUCCAUCAACCAUAUAUCAUCAAUCAUCAUCAUCAUCAGCAGCAGCUGGGGUAGCAGCUAGCUUGUAAACGCAGGUAGCCAGCACCGCCGGCGCCAUGGCCAUGUCCAAGCUCGCGCUUGUCAUUCUGGUGGCCACCUUCCUCGCUGGCAGUGGCACCCCCACCAACGGGGAUUGUGAGUAUCAGUUGAAGGUGAAGACGGGGGACUGGCCUGGGGACGGCAUGGACGAAGCAUUCGUGGUGUUUUGGUUGUUCCGCGAUAGCCAGGGCGGCGGCGGCCCCAUGGUGUCACAUGAGGAGGACGCCGCUGGCGUCAAGUUCGACCGUGGUAGGACCGACAAGUUCAGCUUCACGGACCCGAAAUGCAUCCGGCCGUGCCGCCUCGUCCUCAGCCUCGACACGUACGGCAGUUCCGGGGAAGGUGAAGAGUGGCACUGCCAGUCCGUCGACGUCACCGUCUCCGGGGACAUCUCCUACUCCAAGUCGUUCCAUGUGAAUCAGUAUGUUGAGUCUGGCAGGCCCAUCGAGAUCGACGAGUGCGACGACGCCGCGGCGGCUUGAGCCCGUCCGUCCGUCCGUACGUACGUGUGAUUGCAUGUGCGUGUUCCCGCGCUCUCCCUGCUGCCAAGAUCGUGUUGUUCUCUACGCGUUUAGGUUUGUGAGUUUGUAUUCAUAUAUCACGCGUUGUUAUGUUUUUUUCUCAGUUAAAAAAAUAAUAAGCGGGAUGAGUUUUCGUUCAUUA